AGGAGAAUAGGGGGCGUUCCCGCCCUCCUUCAAGUGCCCGUACCGAAUGUCACAUGACUUGUCCAAGAUGGCUGCGCCCAUGUUGUUCCAGCACAGCAGAGGCUUCGUCUCAUUGUGUUACACUAGCCUCCGGUAUAGGAGCAAAUCAACUUUCCCUACUCCAGGUCCCGUGAAAAGCAAGUUUCUCCAGUACCUCUGCGACCGCUUCUAUGACAUCGAAACCAUUGUAGACUUUGGCAAGAGGAUAAGGAUAUGGAACGCACAAAGGAAGAACAGAUACAACAUCCAGGCGAAGAACUGUUUCGGGGAAAAUAUCGCAGCUGCCGUCUUUGUCCUGGCUUUGAAGGGAAGUAUUAGGCUCCGGGGCUCAACGGAAUGGGAGGACAAGACGGGCGGCUUGGUUUUCCUACAAGAUAAAGACGCCUGCUUGGAAGGAGCCAACCUCAGCGGCUCCAUCAUCAACUACGACGGCCUGGAUAACCUGGUCAACCAAAGAAACCUGAAGCAGCUGUACCUCAGCAGGUGCCCCUACAUCGACGACUGGAGUCUGAGCCGCCUUCACAACUUCGCAGAUACCCUGGAGGAGCUUUCGCUGGCUGGAUGCCCGCAGGUCACUGAGAGGGGGCUGGCCUGCCUCCACCAGCUCGAGAAUCUCAGGUUCUUGGAUGUCUCCGACCUGCCCUCCGUCCGCCACAAAGAAUUGGUCCGGAUCCUGCUGGAGGAAAUGCUGCCUCAGUGUCACAUUGUGGGGAUGGACUGCCCCGAGGGGGUGGACCUGCCCUUGGACUCUGACAAACGCGGAGGCGAAAUAGACAAGGAGCACCAGGGAGGUGCUGGAAGCCAGAAAAAUAGAGAAGUCUCCAUUUGAAUGGGGAGGGCCGCGUCUCAGAGACUCUUGCCCCCACCACCCCAAGCAGAUCGGAGCGUUCCCCCAAAUUUCUCUGGUCCCUCUUUGCAACCAGGCAACACAAAGACAACAAAAGACGUGGUUUCUCCAAAGCAGGGGUGGGGAAUCUGUAGCCCUCCAGGUGCUGCUGGACUCCAACUCCCAUCAGCCCCGGCCAGCUUGGUUGGUGUUGAGGCAUGAUGGGACUUGGAGUCUAACAACACAGUUUCCCCACCCCUGUUCUAAAGAAUGCCUGCGCUACGGUCAUUUCACCUUCCUUAUGUUCCUCCACGUAAUAAACAGACCCUCCGUAUUCUG